CAUUGCUAUAAAUGUCCAGCAGUAUUAUGCUUCAAACGCAGUUCGUUUCAGCGACGAAAGGAUUUACUUGAAACCUACAAUGAAAGGAUUUAUUGGAAUACUCGCUGUGGCUUACCUGUUCCACCAUGCAGACGCCCAGAUCACUGCCUGGACAGAAACGCCGUUUACUGUGGCGUCCGGAACAACUACCAAAAGUAUCUCUGGUACUGUCAACUCCAAGGUCCCUGAAAAUUCGAUCGCAGGUACAACACUUUUCUCUGCAGUCGCCACGAAAACCAAUACUGGCGCAAUUGUGUACACCAUAGCUUCCGGUAAUACCGAAAGUUUGUUUGAGAUCGAUUCAGCUGGUGCCGUCAAGCUGGCUACAGGCAAGAGUCUCAACUAUGAAACUACGCCUUCCUACAUCUUACAGAUAACUGCAGUGGAAACCGGCCAAACCGCCGCCGCAAGUACAGGGACCGCAACUCUGACGGUCAGCAUCAAAAACGUUCUCGAGUUCGGACAGACCACGUACGCCGUUUGCAUGGCUGACGGAGCGACCGCAGGCACGACCGUUGGGACAUACACCGUGAGCGACAAUACAGCCAGCACAACUUUGACCUACGGAAUAACAUCCGGAAACACAAACACCGAUUUUGAGUACACUUCUACCGGCGUGCUCAAGGUAGCAACUGCAAAGACGCUGGCUAAGGCAACCACCGCGACAUACACGGUGGUGCUGUCGGCGACGGAAUCCGGAUCAGCCUCUGAACCUGGAUCUACCACAGUCUCGAUCACCGUGGACACAUGCGGUUGCUCUGCAUUGGCGGCGACGCUGGGGCUCACUUUGGUUGCGAUGGUCAUUGCCGUUUCCGCUUAAGGUGGCGCUUGGAAGAGGGGAGAACGCUGACUGUCGUUGAAAGCUGUGAUAUGACAUUUACGAACACUAUAUACAGAUAUGGGUCACACAUAUGUUUUUUCUUACGUAUAAGCACGUUAUCUUAUUAUUUAUAGCAGGUGUGUAGAACGCCUUGUUAAGCAAAUAGUUUAACAUCAAAAUAAAGAACAUGUGUACGUUUAUGGGUUAUAUACUUUAAUAGUUUAUAGUUUUUAAGGCCUUUGGAAACGGGCAUUAACUUUGGCUUUGUCGCGUUCAUUCCCCUCGUUUUCCUAUAUUGUUGUUUUUAUAUUCCUAUGCAUGUUAUGUAUAUGUUGUAUCUUUAACACCUGUGAUACGUUUAUUCGGUGAGGGGUUCCAGUAUGAAUGUCUUUAGGGAUGUGACCUUUGGCGGCCUCUUACCGUCUAAACUUUGACUUUCGUCAUGCGCUUGGUUUGAAGUUAAUGUGUUAUGACAAUAAAACUUUGUGUUGAAGUUA